AUGGCGUCAAAUAUUUUACCUGAUCAAAAAAAAUUAAUUAUUGAUGAAAAUAAUAGUCCAUCUUCAUAUCAAGAUCCACAUAAUCUUAGUACAGACUCUUAUGGAACAUUUCCUGGUGGACUACCACCUACAACAACAACAACUGUUUCAUCAUAUCCAUAUGCAUUAGGUUCUCAACAACCGACAGUUAUUGUCCUUGGUGGUUGUCCAGCUUGUAAAAUUGGCAUGUUAGAAACAGAUUUUACAUUUUUAGGACUUUGUUGUGCAAUUUUCUUUUUUCCAAUUGGUAUUAUAUGCUGUUUAGCAUUACGACAACGUCGAUGCAAUUUUUGUGGUUCUAUUUUUGAUUAG